GUAUUCAACAAAACAUCAAAUCAGUUCAAAAAUUGAUGAAAGUUAUAUUGAUUCAAUGUUUAUUGAAUCACAUUCCAAAUUUGCUGAAAAGGUUAUAAAUGAUACAAAUUUGGAAAGUUUAAUUUUAACAAAUAUUGAAGAUGAUAGAGAAAUAUUUUUUGAAAAUGUUACAAAAAGCAACGUUUUUAAUGACACAGAAAAAUCAGUUAAGGUGCUCUCCAGCUCAACAGAAAAUUUAAACCAUAUCUCUCCAAAUGUGUUAUCUACAGUUCCAAAAGUAUCGUGCAAUAAUAGUAUAAUGAAUAAAAGUACUCCAACUGUUACAAAUUUGGACCUAGAUCAACAAUCAAAUUAUAUCGACACAAAUUUAACAGCAAAAACAUUGUUAAUUAAAAAUAUUUCAAAAAAAGAUGAGGAUCUUUCUUCAAGUAAUACAACAAAUAAUACAACAGAAAAAACUCUUAGUCAGGAUCUAUCUGCCAAUUCAACUCUAACCGAGAAAGAAGAUCUUUUACAAGACGUAUCUCAAAAUGUUUCUGAAGCAACUCUGACGGCAGAACAAUUUGCAAAUGCAACACUUGAAACUGAAGAUCUACAAAACUCAUCCCAGAAUACAUUGGAGAAGACAGAAACAGCUGCAAAUGCAACAUUACCAGAAAAAAAGAUAAGUGAAAUAAUAUUUGCCAUCCUACAGCACUACAAACAAGCUGAUCCACUUGGCAUUCCAGGUGUUCCUAUACCAGACCCAAUGCCCAUACCAGAUAUGAGUAAAUCUUUUCCAUUUGGUCGAAUGUUUUUGAAGGAUUCCAAUCUGUUUGGACUCAAAAAUUUUAGAAUUGAACAUGUCUCUGCCAAUAUAUCUGAGAUGAAGGUUCGAGCAAGUCUUUCUAUUGAAGUUUUGACAGUUCGAGGGAACUAUACUCUCAGUACUUGGGUUUCGAGGGCUAAAGGACCUUACAUGGUGAAAUUAGGAAAUGUUAGCAUCAUUGCUGUUGCUUCAUUAGAAGUAGAGCAAAAUGGUACUUUAUCAGCUCAAGAUAUGGACAUGGAUAUAGAGUUCGAGACUAUUGAUAUGGAUUUCCAAAAUUUAGGAUUUUUUGCAAAUAUGUUUCAAGGCAUGAUGAAUUCGGUCGGUACGUUCAUCUUCGACUCCAUCAAGCCUUUUGUACUUAGCGAAGCCAACACAAACAUCAGAAACGAUAUUAAUAAAGAAAUCAAAAACAUUCAACGCAAAUUUCCGACGUCCGUCUCCUCUGUGGACCAACUUAUCUUUGAAAUCAGAAAAACCGUUAGAUCCAAAGGGUACGAUCCCUACUACGUACCUGAUUAUACAGCCAGUGUUGGAUUCAUCACUGUCCACCUCUCGCACACCUGGUUAUAUGGAUUAUCUUCUUUCUACCGAACAAAAGAAAUCACGUUUGAAAUGAAGAACAAAACCCUAUACAUCUUUUUAGAAGGCAGUACUGGAAAAUUGGUUGGCACCACUAAUUGGCAAGCGUCGAUAGUACCAGGAUCCAUAUACAGAGAUGGUACUGUAGCUUUCACUAUUAACUACUUAAAAGUCCAGAUUAUUGCCAGCCAAAAUAUGGACACUUCCCGUCCCCCUACGCUCGACGACAUUCAAUUGGAAUUGGGGAACAUCCAGAUGAGAUUUAAUGGUUUAGGAAAUAUGGAUUAUCUUAUUGAAUUCGGUGUUAAUAUCCUUCCGAAUGUAUUGAGAUAUCAAAUAAUGGACGCCAUUGAGAAACCCGUCAAAUUUAAAAUACAGGAGGCUCUCGAUCGUGUUAACGUGGAGAGAAUUAUAAUGAAAAAUGCCGAUCAGCUGGAUAUGGGGAUGGGGUUUGAGAAUAUACAGCUAUUGUUAUAAUUAAUUAGCUUAGAA